AUGGGAAAGAGAUCAGUCAAUAGGGUUAUUGAGGAGGAAAUAGAAACCGAGGCGAAUCCGAUGGAGCAGCAAAAAAUUCAGUGUCUUGACUGCGAAUGUUUCGGUGUUUUAAGACGAAAAGGGAGUGAAUGUGUGGCCGACGAUGUCAUCACCAACAACUUCAACCUCACGGACGUCAAAUUCUUCUUCGCAAACAUCAAUAAUAUCAACCUCAUGGACGGCAACAUCGACAACGCCAACAUCGACUUUGUCAACAUCGAAAACGUCAACUUUGCUUAA